GCAAUUAAAAUGGCAGACAUUCCCAUUCCUGAGAUUGUUUCUGAAAUAAAUAAUAAACAUCAGUUCCCGGAAUUCAAGGGUAAGGUGAUCAAACGUAAUGAUGUUGAUUACGAUGCUCAAUCCUAUCAGUAUGCAUCGAGCUCGCACUUGGAGGACGGAAUCAUUCAACCGGCGGCUAUUAUAAAGGCAGCAGACGACAGCGACGUGAUCAAAGCCAUCAAGUACGCAAGCGAAAACAAAAUCGCUGUGGCCGUGCGCACAGGAGGUCAUCAAUACAGCGGAGCGUCGUCCACAAGUGGAAAAAACAUUCAACUCGAUUUAUCCCAGACGUACAAGGAUUUUGAUUGGGAUGAUGAGAAUUGCACGUCAGUGACGCUCGGUAUCAGCUUCCCGUUGGGCGAGUUCAAUGCUAAGCUUAGGGAAAAAAAUCGAUUUGUGCCACAUGGUCAAUGUCAGUACGUCAAUUUGGGUGGACAUAUUCAAACUGGAGGAUACGGUCAGUUGGCUAGAAGUUUCGGGCUCUUCUCGGAUAAUGUCAUAAAAUUUCGCAUUAUUACUGCCGACGGUCAAGUGCGUUGGGUUGCUCAGGGCGAGGAUUUGUUUUUCGCUGUGUUAGGUGGGAGUCCUGGAAAUUUUGGGGUGCUUACCCACGCCACGCUGCACGUCUUCAGAGACCAAGACUACCCGAAUUCUCGCGGUCUCAGAGCUGCAUACCCAUAUGACCGUCAACGUCUCAAGGACUUAUUGGAUGUCAUGGUAGAAAUGGUCGAAGAUGAAAAUUUCCCUGCCGAUUAUGACUAUUGUAUCACAGUGUUGAGUGAGCCGCCGGUUAGGACUUUCGAGUUAACCUACGAUAUGGCGCAUCGCAAAGAAGGUCAGCAAAUGGUAGCUUGGCCUCCGAUGAUCGUCGUUUUCGCGCAGUGGGCCAAUCUACAAGGAGAAAAGCAAACCUAUAAUCCGGACUUCUUCAACAAAAUUAAACAGGUCGCCGGCAAAGGGAAAGUCCAAGUCAGCGACAAGGAACACACACCAAUGUCUACGUUAACCGGCCACUGGAUUGUUCCAAUUUCACGAGAGUUCGAACUUCCGUACAUCAAACGUACAUACUCGUCCAAUUCAAAUUCCCAGAGGCUCAAGGAACACAAGUGGACGGAUUGGAUUUCCGAUCGAAUCGAAGAUGGACGCAAUUGGAAUUAUGAUAAAACUUCCGGUCCAAUCGAUGUUGGAUGCAACGUAGCGGCACAAAUUCAGCAUUUUGGUGGCAACAACUCACGAUUUAACCAAAACGGAAAGAGAAACUCCACGUCGUUCAGUUGGCGAGACGCGAACAUUCUCUGCACGGUAGAUGCAUUUUACCAUAGCUACCAAUACGAGCAGACGAUAGAGUGGCAGAAAAAAAACGAUGAGGGAGUUGGAAAGCCGGAGGCCGCAUUUUGCGAACAUGACCGUCGUGUUUUAUGGGGAUCUUACGAUUUGGACUUGAGUGCUUCUCAUCAAUAUUAUUACGACCAAAACCCAGAAGGAAAGUACGAACGACUGUGCAAAAUCAAGCAAAAGUAUGAUCCGUCGGGCGUGUUCACUCCGAACAGAUUUUGCAUCGGCCUCCCAGUUCCGGUGCCUGCGGAUUCCAAGGAUGGAAUUAAAAAGAGAAUCAAGCUCUCUGGUUCGGAGACUGCAAAAGAAAGAGCCGCCGCUAUAGAACUCGCGAAGGUGCCCCAACUGAGCGCGGAAGAUAGAUUUUGGGAAAUGGUGUCGACGGAGAGAGAGCUCGGCAAGACUGUUCCUCUGUGGAAUAUCUGGCGCGCUUAAAAAGAGAGGGAAACAAACCCGAAAUCAACUCUGUAAUAUUGGCAUAUUGUUAAUUUCAUAACCUCCGGUGUUGUAUAGAGUAGUAUUAUAGAGUCAUGCCGAUAAAUAUAGUAAUACUUAACGGGAUAUAAACAAUUUUUUUAUCGUAAAGUUUAUGAAUUUAAUCGAAAUUUUUAAUUUUUUACCAUUUUAACUUAUAAUCAACCGAAAUCUCAUUUUUCAACUAAUUAUAAAUAAAAAACAUUUACUUUUAUAAAAAGGCUUUUUAUUUUUUCAUCAUGGAAAUGGUUGUAAAUUUAUUUUAACAGAUAGUGCUUCCAGAAAACCUGGAAAAAAAGAACGUCAAUCAUAUGACAGAUACAAUAACUUUCUUAAACGAAAUGGAUCUCAUGAUAAAAAUAAUAAAAUUAUAAUAUAAGUCGUGAUUUCAAACUUUGGAAAACGCUUAUUUUCGCUAA